GCUGUUUUGCCUGAAUUUUCUUAUCAGCUGAAAAAGGAGGUCCAAUGUUACUUUUUCAGCUGAUAUUAAUUAUAUUACCGUUGGCCAUGGCAAUGACUCAUAUACCCUUCUAUUAUGCCUCGACCUAUCCUUCCAGAUCGAAGAAUCUUGCUCGGCUGCUCCAUAUUCAUAAAGACAGACGGGUCGAGGCUGCCAGACAGAACGCAACUUCCCUUCCCUAAAAAAACCUCCGCUACAAAGGCGAUUGUUCGAGCUCCUCUCCAUCACUAGCGACUGCAUCGAUGGCAAGACCCCUCCACUCUGCCAAGAGUACUUCACCUCCAUCUUCUUCAACACUCUAGGUAAAUGAAAUCUCCAUUUCAUCUCAUUUUUUCAUGUUAGGGUUUAGAAUCUAUAAAUUUCGAAUUUGUAAAUUAGGAAUUGAUUUGUUCUGUACUGCGGAUAUGUAUGAAAUGUUGAAUUUUAAUGUUGAAUUUAUUGUAAUAUUUUGGUUUUGUUGUGGGUUUGUUGUGUAAUGUGAAUUUUAAUGUAAUAUUUUAAUUUUCUUUUAGGGAAAAUUAUGAUUACCCCGUUCUAGUUUGAUCAUAAUUAUUAUUAGUUCAACCUUAUAUUUUUAAAAGUCAACUAUUUACCCCCUCAGGUACGAUUAAUGUUGUAAUCUCCCCCUUCUAUCAACAUUUUCAUCAAAUGCCUAUUUUAGGGAUUAUUUGUUAAAUCCUCUCAUCUACGUAUUUUUUCCAAAUUAGAGGGUCUGGUCUGGUCCAGUCUAGUAUUUUUCCGAACUCGUACCCAUAUCGUGACUAGUGAAACGAUUUGAUUCGAUCUUAGACCUAAACCCGUUCAGUACGGUUCUAUUUUCAAACGGGACGGUAUCAUAUCAUACUAAUAUCAAACAAUGUCACUUUUUCAAGUGUUUAAGUGGAAGUUAAAGUUUAGCCAUCCUAUAAAAAUUCACAUAAUUUAUCAAUUUUCAUACUUCGUAUUACAUAAGUAUUAAAAUUCAGAUAAACUAUAGUAGUACAAAUUUUAACCAGUCAUGACACUGUUUAGAACCGGUACGAUCUGGUUCGUGACAAAAAAAUUGAGAUCCCUUUCAAGUGCCGUUUUUCGGUCCAGUACCAUAUCGGUCUGGUUUGACACCAUGCCGGUUUGGUAUUUUUGCCCACCCCUACUGCAAAUACACGGCCGAGUGAAUUUUCUUUUGAAUUUUCAAGUGUGCUGCAAUGAUGCUUGGGAUAACAUUAAUUAUUUGUUCGAAUACUUUUGGAGUAAGCCUGGAAACUUUCAGUUAAUGUACUCUUAUUUUACACCACUCCUUAGUUUAGUUUAAUAGAUAAGGACAUUUUUGGGAAUUCCAUUUACAAUUAACGGUCCAAACAACUUAUAUUUAACAAAAGGGGGAUAUUCUAACUUUAGUAAAAGCUUAAGGGGUAAAUAAUUCAGUUCUAAAAUAUAAGGUUGAUUUAAUAAUUAUCACCUAACCUCAAGGGGGUAAUCAUUAUUUUCCCUUUCUUUUAACAAGUAAUAUUUUGCCUUUGUUAAGUGUAAUUAUAUCAUAUAGGAUUUGCUUAAAUAUGAGAGUUUUUUAAUAUGUUGUUAUGUGUAUGAAAUGAUGAAUUGGGGUGUAUAAAGUGUGUAUAUUAAUGUGUACUCACCAAUUAUCGUCAUGUAUUGUUAUUAGAAUAUGGAUUUCUCCAACUUCCCAAUAGUUUGUCAUUGGGGAGGGAAAUUAUUUGAGGAGGCAGGGGGAUCAUAAUUGGUGAGUACACAUGUAUGUAGUUGUUUUUCGUGGCGCAUGUAUGUUAGAGAUGCUGCAAAAAAAAUAUGCAGCUACACAUAUUACUUCUAGGAGUCCUAGCCAUUCUUUGCAAGUGCAGGUGAUAUAUCCUCUUUCACGGGGGAUCAUACAUGCUUAUGUCACUUGAUGAUGAGGAAUUUGUCACGAGAAUGUGGAUGAUAGUUCAGAUGAUGACUAUGUCCACAAUGGAGAUAUACAUUGCAUAUUCCAUAUGUGACGCUUCUAUAACUCCGUCAACAUCAAAUGUUGUUGUAUAUGGGCAUGGUGUUAAUGUUGUGGCCUUCUCAAAUGAGGCUGUUUUGGACAUGGUUGUAGAGAAGGAUGAUAGGUAUUUGCACAAUGGUGCAUCCUUUUUGGAUGGCCAUGGAACUGAUGAUGAUGCUGAUGAACACAUCAACGAUGAUGCAAUGACAAAAUCAGAUGAAGAUGAUGGUGAUACUGUGACCGCAACUGUCUCGUCUAGUCACUGUACUAGAUUAUAUGAUCUCCCAUCCGGCUUUGAUGAUGGGUGGAGGAGUGGAACAUGUGUGAAUAGGUUUACACCAAACAAUGAGUUUGAGGUUGGUCAACAGUUUGAUAAAAAAGAACAGGUCAUCAAUAUGGUGAGCUUGUAUUCUAUUAAACGCAACCAAUUUUAUCGUGUGCUAGAGUCAGAUAAACAUAAAUGGGUUGCAGAGUGCAAGAGAAAGAAGGAUCAUGAUUGCACUUGGAGAAUACGGGGCACAAAGAAACAUGCAAGCCUUGACAUGUUCACAGACGUGUGUUAUCCAAGACGUCAUUCUGUUACUUAUGUUGGCAACAAUGACAAUGAUGACCAUGUGGCGAUUACUUCAGAUUUCAUUAUCCGAGAUGUAAUUGACCUUAUUCGCACUGAUCCAUCCCUUAAAGUUCAAACUAUUAUUGAGUUGCUGAAGGAAAAGUAUGGUUAUAGGGUUUCAUGCAGACGUACAUGGUUGGGCAAACAAAGAGUCAUUAAUGAAAUUUUUGGAGGUUGGGAGAAGUCAUAUUCUGAAUUGUCUUAUUUCAUGGCAGCGCUCCAACAUUUCAAUAUGGGAAAAUUGUGCACUGGUACUCACCCCUUACAGGUCCCACUGAGUGUGUCCAUUUUCAUAGUCUUUUGGGCAUUCAAGCCUUCUAUUCAUGGUUUUAAGCAUUGUCGGCCAAUAUUGACUAUUGAUGGCACACACCUGUAUGGGGAGUACAAUGGUACAUUACUCGUGGCAAUGGGUAGCAAUGCAAACAACCAACUCUUUCUCGUGGCCUUUGCAGUGUGUGAAUCAGAGAAUGGGCAUAGUUGGCCAUUGUUUAUGGCCUUCAUUAGGGCGUUUGUAACUAAAAGGAAAUUAUGUGUCAUUUCUGAUCGACAUCCAUAUAUUAUAAAGGCUGUGAAUGAAGUGGGGAGUAGUUGGGAGGAGCCCUCUGCGCAACAUAGGUUAUGUAUGCGCCAUCUUAGAUCGAAUGUGCACACCCAUUUUAAAGACAUUCACAUGUAAAAUCUGUUUGUUUAGACCGCACGGGAACAUCACAAAAAAAGUUUGAUGGUAGGUUCAACAGGAUAAGCGAAAUGCGGGUGGAGGCAGGAUAAGUUCAGGGGAUCAUUCCCUUAGAAAUGUGGUCAUUACACCAUGAUGAGGGUUCAAAUAUGAUACCACAACUUCUAAUAUGGCUGAGGUUUUCAACAGUGUGAUGAAAAGUGCCCGAUACUUGCACAUCAAAGCUUUGGUUCAGGUUUCCUUUUACCGCGUCAAUGCAUAUUUUGUGGAUAGACGUGAAAGUAGUAAAAGAAGAGUGACAGUGGCCAAUUACGUAUAUAUGGAAACACAAUUUACGCUACGUUGGUGUGGUCUCAAACUAUCACCCAAUAAGUACGAUAUCACUUUUCGAAUUACUACUUCGCAAUGUUUGAGUAGCUUCUUUAAGCUUACACUCAAUGCCUGAGAUUUUAUCAUUAUUGUUUAUGUGCAUAACUUGUUUAUAAAUAUAAUUUGUGCUUCCAUUACUUUUUAUCCUUACAAUAGGC